CCCCAUCCUCCUCAUCCAAAACCCUAAAACCCUAGUUUCAAAACCAAUAGCCAUUGUCAUGAACCUUUCUCCGACUAAACCCACUCAACCGCCUCUGGACACUGUCCUCAAUCCUGAAUGCGCUCACUGUGCCUCUAAGGACAGCCGUCUCUCCCACCGUCUCUGGAUUCGGGGCAUGAGCCGCCGCGUCUGCACCUCCUGCGUCCUCCUCCUCCACCCCUCCUCCUUCUGCUCCUCUUGCUUCCAAUUCUUCGACCACCCUCUCUCUAAUACCUCCGCCCCUGCUCACCGUUUCCUGUCCUGCACUAAAUGCUCCUCACUCACUCACCUCGACUGUCUCCCUUCCCCUUCCCCUUCCUCCCCUUUCCUCUGUCCACCUUGCUCUCAACCAAACUUCUCUUUUUUUCCCGAUUCCACCUCUUCUCUGGACAAACGCCGUGCUCUCAUCUUCCUCUGCGCCUGUAAGAUCGCCUCCGCCGCUGCCUCCAAGUCUCUCGCCCUCGCCCGGACUCGAGUUGAGCGAAGCGUCCGCGAGGCCGCCCUUGCAAGAAAGAGGGCUCGGGACUCUCUCGACCAUUGCUCCAUUCUUGACAAGAUUAAGCGUCUGGGCCUCGAGGGCACCCUUGAGGUUUCUAAUGCCAGGAAUUUGGGAACACAUCAUAAUAAUGUUGUGUGUAAAAAAGAGGAGUUAAAUAGUUUCACAGGACAGGGUAAGGUUAAUGUUAAGGUACCUUCUGAGGUGCCACUCUUGCCUCGUCCUAUCAUCAAAAAUGGAAAUAAUGAUGGCAAAUUAUUGAAUCGAUAGAGGAGUUGAUAGACUAGGAUAGUUGAUGUUGCCUCUACCAAUAUUUUGUAGGUGGCACUGGAAAACCAUUGAGAUUUAUCCAAGGUAGAAGAAGGUAAAAGAAGGGAGAAGAAGCUAGUGACUGGGUUCUAGAUUUUCUGUUGCUGUGGAAUUACGAGCAAAAUUGUGAGCAAAUGGUUCAUUUUUAAUUCGAUAUAUCCUUGUAAAGCCUCUUUAGUAAUGUGAUUAUGCAAUUUGAGUACUAUAAGCUGUAAUUACUUCAA